AUGGUCUUUCACAACCAGCGCUUGUCCCGUGAACUUGCAUCUCGUUCCAUGCCGGUAGUAGUGACAGAAACAGCUUUGUUAUUGUUGGUUGCAUUGAGCGCUUUUUUUGGAAACAUUUUGGUUUGUUUAGCGAUCGCUCGUAACACACGUCUCCGCACUCCAACAAACGUUCUGAUCUUUGCUCUAUCAUUGACCGACAUCACCAUGUCCAUUUCCACAAUGCCUUUGACGAUAGGCGUUCUAGCGUCAGGACGUUGGAUUUACACUAAAGGGGUCUGCAUAUUCCAAGGUUCUUUCCCUUUGACGCUUGCAGUCAUUUCCCUACAACUGAUGGUUGUUAUAGCAGUGAAUCGAUACCUCUGCGUGUUAAAACCUAACUUGUAUCGGAGGGUUUUUACGUUGAAGAAAUCCAUUGGAUUCGCAGUGGGAGUGUUUGUCCUAGCAUGUCUUCCAACGUUGUCUCCCUUGAUUUACGCUCGAAAAGGCUACCAAUUUCACCCAGGGAAAUCUUACUGCGCCUUCGCAAUGGAACAGAAUUUUAUCUUCGCGCUGUGUAUGGGGUUGGCAUUCAUCGCAUCGCCUUUUAUUAUCAUGACCUGCCUCUACUGCCGAAUUUACUGCUCUGUGAAAAACGCGGUUUUCCCUCAACAAGACAGCGACUGUCAGCCAGGAAAUCCUCAAGUGCACAUUCAGGAAGUCAAGGUAACAAAAACACUAGCAGCAGUUCUUUUUGGCUUUUCGUGUUGUUGGUUUCCCAUAAUGAUCAUCGACCAAAUCGAUAUGAACAACCGCGUGCCGAUGUUGCCGAGACGAGUCUACUACAUGUACGGCCUUCUUAUCUACACGUCGUCAGCUAUAAACCCGAUUCUGUAUGGACUAAUGAGACGAGCGUUUCGCGCGGAGUACAAGAGAACCGUAACGUGUAAAACUGGCGGCCGCUCUGAUGCUGAAGGUUCUCCAAGUCAGGUGGAGAGGAGUGUUAGGUCAGUCCCCCGUUGAAAGAAAUUUUCAUUUGUUAAAAACCUAUUCAAAUAGCAAAAUGAUCGAGAAUUAAAAACUAUGAGAGAUUUUCUUUAUUACAGUCCUCGCUGAGUAACAAAAAAAUCGAGCUAACGUCCGCGUUUAAAGUUUGACAAACCUAGCAAGCCAAACCAGCCUUGGCUAUAUCUUCAUACCGUCUUCUUCUAUUGCCUUAAAGAAGCAUCAUGAGUUAUAAUGUAAAAUUUUGGGAGGCAUCAAAGAAGAAUAUCAGAAACAGAGGAAUGAGAGCUGGUACUCCAUAACAAAUUGGUUUUACUGGUUUAUAACGAUGAGUGAUCAUGAUGAAUCGGUUAUAAAACUUCAAAAUUAUUUUUUAGUUGCUCGAGGAAACGUAGUUAAGCGAGAAAUAGCUUACUCAACUGUCUAAAUUAUCAUCUGUAUAUUAUUUCCUUGUGUGUACUUUUACUGGCGUAUGAAAUAAAGUACUUCGUUUAUUGUUGACAUUUCUUGUUGCUUUAUUGCUUGAAGUUAAUAUCUUAUGUAUGAGUUUCCACUCAUUAUUUAAGCGGACUCGGAUAUCAGCAAUUUGUUUUGAUAAUUGAAGGAGCAUUAAAUAGUUCGGCUCUUUGAAUUUAUAUACUGUGCGUAUUGAACAAGGGAAACCGUUUUAUCUCUAUAAAUUGGGCUGUUUACAAAAUGGUCAAAAGUAGCCCGCUGUAUUAGUUUUUAAAAAAGCACACACCAAUCGCUUUGUUGAAUGGGAGAUAAAGUUUAUAUAACGCAGCUAUGUACUGUACAUGUGGUAAAUAAGUCUCGGUAUUGUGCCAGCCGGCCUGUCAGCAAUAUGCACUUGCCAAAAAGUCAGGACAUAAUUAUUUUUCAAGGGGAAACGACUUUUUAACAAGAUUUCUUUCUCAGGCUGGUCCCCAAGGCAAGAAAGUCGUAUUCUUAAAAAGGAAAUGGUUUAUUACACCAGUGGCAUGUUAAAAAUGAAAAGGGAAGUUUUCCUAUGAUGGUGUUUCAUUGGGGUAAACAACCAAGUAAACCACUGUAAACAAAGCCAUUGUUAACCAGGAUAUUACUUUUUUCACCUUGCCCCAUCAGCGGGUCGUAUAUUGCUCUUACAAGUAUAAUAAAAUCUAGAUAAGCCCAGAUUGAUUAUUGAUUGCUUGUUUUAUUUUUUCUUUCUUUCUUUCUUUCUUUUUUUUUUUUCAUGCUUGAGGGACCCGGAUUCCUCGAAAAAGUACAUUCGGGUCUAUUAACUUAAAUUAAUGCUUCGCCUAACCUACGUCAAUGGUAACGGGAAACAGCGCCGCGCAGUCUGCGAGAUGCUCCGGUCAUUGCUUCUCUUCCUUCUUCCUUUUCCCAACGGGUGAAACUAGAACUUACUAAAGCCGAAAAAACAGGAUGCUUUCGCAGGAUUCCAGCAGAGCUCAGGGUGUAGUGGCAGCACUGUUUUUCAUUUUAUUGCUUUCGUAACCAAGAACAGCCGGCUUUACUUUGAGGAAGCAGGUCGGCCGGAACUACAGCUUGUUAUUCAGUUGCUGCUAAGUAGACUACCAGGACUCUUCCAGAUAUAUAAAACAACAAAUUUUUCGAGAGCAGCACGAUCAGUCAAAGUCAAUCAAGAAACGUAUUUCACUACGCUAGCCACACUCCGGCAAACACACAUUACAAACUAAUAGCCUGCUUAGCAAGGCGGUUUUUGUUGGGCGCGAAAUAAUAAAGGCGGGCGGUAAUACAUCGACUACAUCGGCUUGCAUCUUAAGAUCUUCGUGUUUACUUCACGAACCAGCGCUAUCGUAGACGCUUUUUUGACUUUGCCAAAUUGCGUACUGUAAUGAACUGACUCGCUCGCCAUCCUUUGGGAUACUUUCGGUUGCUUGUGACCACAGGGCACCCACACAGUGUGCGUGUGUAAUCGAUUGUUAUUUUAUAGUAAAUGUACUGGAUUUACCGUUUGCUUCACUUAUAACGAUGGAACUUCGACUUUGCAGAAAUCUGGCAAUCGCGAUUGUCUUUUCGUCUCCCUCGCAGCCGUUUUUUGGAUGUCACACAACGCUCCCCCAAAAAACGGCUGCGAGAGAGACUAGAUUGCCAUGUUUCGGGCCAUGUUUUGUAUACGUCCGGAACAAGAUCAAAUAACAGUCACAAUUUUCAGCGAUGAUCAACCCCCAGCAACCAGCAAUAAUUAACCUCACCCAUCAAGAGAGAAUAGUAAUCUCUGAUCUAAUUGCACCAUUGGGAUUAGCCUGUGCCAGGCUCUCAAAUAGUAUGCGGUGGGGCUACUUUGGGACAGGAGUACAUCAAAUUGAUGGGCUCCUGUUUGGGAUUAAUGAUGUUACAGUUCUCAAGUCGAUGACACCAUCAUCUGGGAACGCAUCCGUAUACCCCAAAAUCCCUGCGCCCCCUCAAACGACGCUUGGGUGACCUGUGCCCUUCCUUGUUAGGGCUUACAUGAAGGACCAAUUCAUUUUAGGAAUAUGGCUGAAUCUGGCAUAUUUUCAGUUUCAAGAGAAAUCGUUAGACGUGAAAUCACUUAUUAGGCCUUUCCUAGACUUCCCUCGACCUGGCGUUUAUUUAGGUAAGAUUUCCCUCUUCUCAUAGGUAUAGUUAGUAUAACCCUGUUUGUCGUAAGUUUAUACUUAAUUAACUUGCUCCGCCAAAGUGAAAGUAUCUGUCUUGUCACGCAGCAGAGACAACGAGACAAAGGCGGUCUUUUAUCGACAAAAACGACAAGAUAAACGUGGAAAAAGUAUGGUGCUCAUCCUACUUGGCUGUUUACGGUAUUUGUAAUCAUGGAAAUGGCUUUACCCUCCUAAAGACCAAUGGUUUUUUAAAAUUAGAAUGUAGCUAUCAGCUAAGCCAUAUGAUGUGACAAAGUGACCAUAUUUGUUGACACAGUUAUUGCGGAAUGGACAUUUAAGAGGCUGUCGUCAACAGUUAAAAUAUUAACCAAUCACCCACGAGAAAAUACAAAUAUUGAGCUAGCCAACCAAGCGUGACAAUCAAACAUUUGCAUGUUGUUGUGUUCGACGCUGGCGAACUUUUAUAUCUUCUGGUCUUCCCUUCUAUGUUUUCUCUCCAAAAGAAGUAUAUUGUUGGAGAAAGCAACGGACUAGUAUUCCGCGAUCUACGGACAAAUUUAUAACAUAGUUAAAGAACUGCAGAGGUAAGAACCAGCCUAAUAUUACAACCGUUUACUGAAAACAAAUUACUGUAUAAAAUGUUUCACUGUUCAUAUCUUGAAUUAUGUCACCGGACCAAAAUUUGAGAGGCAAGCUCCGCUCUCUUUGGCAAAUGUAAUGGAUGGACAGGCUUAGACAAAAUUCUUCGUUUAUUACGUUAAGUUAUUUUUUAAAAAAAGACAAUGAAGGACCCGAUGAUCUGUCAAUAAUCAUAUUAUCGCUCGUGUAUACUAUGAAAUACAUACAAUCUCCUUGAUAUAGCGUGACGUUGCAAAUUUAGCUCCUUAUACUGUGUGUUUACAACCAUAUUAUCGCUUUUUCACUUUCUUCUACGUGACAAGAUUUGACGUAUUUCUUCAAGUUGGCUUCAAUAAACAUACUUGAAGCCAGCAAGGUCAAAGUUUCAGUGAAAUAUUCCGCUUCUGAAGAAAACGCUAGCUUUUGUUUACACCGGCUGUUGCCUUAAAUGAACAGAUCCUUCGAGCAAACGUUUAAUUGAACUUGGCAACUUUUCGACCCUAUUAAAGGAGUGUUCUCUGGUAAACUCAUGUGACACUUCCGCUUUCUUUCCGCGAACUACACCUUAUAUCAUCUCACGAAACAGCUUGCCACUCGAACUCGGACCACGAGACAAGCAUUCGAUCACGAGUAGUUCGGAAUACGUGCACUUGCGGCAGGUAAUUUUGUUUGCAAUUUUUUUAACAGGAUAUGGCAUCUAAUUCAUCCCCGGAGCCUCGCUUGUUCACCGAUUAAAUGAAAUUUUUUGUUAGUCUAGAAUUAACCGUGACAGACUGACUAUUAUAUCUCAACUAAGUAGUUAGAGCGACAAAU